AUGGCUGCAAUUGUGUGCCAGUCAAGAUUACACAGACUUAUGUUGGCAUCCCCAAAACCUCCUCCUCAACAACCCUUCAAGUCUUGUUGCUUCUGGGAAGAAUCCAAUUAUGCUAAACCACAUUAUGACGAUGAAGACAAUUACAAAGCCGACGACACCCCAACAGAUUGGAGCUCCAUUCAAGCUCUUUCAAGUACUGUGACUGUGAGCAACUCUAUAUAUGAGGUGAAACAAUCAUCAUCGCUGCUGAGACUCAGCCCCAAGAGUUUGGAGCUCUGCACGGAGAAACUAGGGAAUGAGACAGGAAGUGAUGACAUCACAGCUGAGACUGGCAAUGAUGACUUGCUCUCUUCUUCUUCUUCUUCUUCAGAAAUUACAAGGGAGCAGAAAAGUAAGAAAGUGCGUGAAGCAGCUCGGACUUUUCCACCACCUUUGAGAACGAUAAGAGGAUCAGAGUCGAUACGAGUGAGGCCCCACAGAGAAGAUGGGAGGUUAGUGCUUCAACUCACUAAGGUGGUCCCAUCUUGUUUCCAAGCUCUGAGAAGCCCUGGCCGCCUUCGUCUCUGCUUUUGGACUAAUGAUGAUAUUCAAGAAACACAAGAUCAUGUGGAGGAUAACCAAAAAGAGAUAGAAAAAAUGGAACAACAAGAACAAGAUCAAAGUGUUGAUGAUGUUGUUGAGAAUAAUGGGCGUGGAUGGGAACACGAACAAACCAAAGGUUGCAACAGUUGGACUGUUGUUGAGAGGCCAAGCAGCAGCUGCAAGGAAGAAGGUGACCAUGAAAACAAUGAUUUCUUAAUAAAUUGGGGGGAACCUCGUUUGGUCACCACUUCAUAA